AUGGGAGAACCUCUUGUUGUCAGUACGAAUGGUGCAGAACAGGCCAACUCCUCUUCGGACUCGGAGGCCCUUGCCGGUCCCGACGACCAGCCACCUAUAGCGGAGCCCCCUGAUAUUCCCUAUACAAGUGAAAAGCCAAAUUGCCAUCAUACGCAUUCUGCCCAGCACGUCGCUGAACUGCUCGCUACCGACCAAGAUCAUGGACUGAGCGACGAAGAGGCGGCCGCCCGGCUAGUCCGGGACGGUCCCAAUGCUAUCAAAGGAGCCAAGGGUCUCUCCAUUGGAGAAAUCUUUUUGCAGCAAGUUGCCAAUGCUCUAACUGUUGUCCUCAUUGCUGUCGCCGCAAUAUCCUACAUUAUUAGCGACUAUGUCGAGGGCAGCGUUGUAGUUGCUGUAAUUGUGCUCAAUAUUGUAGUUGGGUUGAUUCAAGACUACCGUGCGGAGCAGACCAUCCAGUCUCUCUACGCGCUGUCUACACCCAAAUGCAAGGUUAUCCGGGAUGGCCACAGCGACACCGUUAAAGCCGAAACACUUGUCAAAGGCGACUUGGUCUCUCUUGCAACUGGUGAUGUAGUGCCCGCAGAUUUGCGCCUGGUUCAGGGCAUCAACUUGUCAACCGACGAGGCACACCUGACUGGCGAGUCUAUAGCUAUUAGCAAAAAGCCCGAAGCGGUCUUUACUGAAUUUGACAUGCCUGUUGGUGACCGCAUCAAUUUGGCCUUCAGUGGUAGCUCCGUCACACGUGGUCGUGCCACCGGCAUUGUCAUAUCGACCGGAAUGGACACAGAAGUUGGCCAGAUCGCCGAGCUCUUGCGCAAGAAAAAGAAGGAGGCCAAGGGCAGUAAUGCUGUGGCCAAGGCCCUUUACUCGUUCUACCAAACUGUUCGUAGUAUCUUAGGUCUUGAGGGAACUCCCUUGCAAGUGACUCUUAGCAAGUUUGCCCUGCUUCUUUUCGGUUUAGCCAUUCUUCUUGCCGUCGUUGUCUUCUCCGUCAAUCUAUGGGAAAUUGACGAUGAUGUCCUUCUCUAUGGUAUCUGCGUCGGUGUUGCGGUCAUCCCUGAAUCUCUUCUCGCUGUGCUGACGGUGACAAUGGCGGUUGCUACAAAAGCAAUGGUCAAAGGUCAUGUCAUUGUGCGCCAAAUGCCAUCCCUCGAGGCAGUAGGUGGCGUAACCAAUAUUUGCUCCGACAAGACGGGGACGCUUACCCAAGGCCGCAUGAUUGCCCGUAAGGUGUGGCUUCGUGAUGGCCUCACUGGUACGGUUGAUGGCACAUCCGAUCCUUACGACCCAAGCAGUGGGACCGUGUCGUGGUCUGGUUCUCUCGUCGGAACUUGCAUCAACCCGUUCCUCAAUACUCUUGUUCUGUGCAAUAAUGCCACCGUCUCGGAUGGAAAAAAGGAGCCAGAAACCGAUUCCAGCAGCGUUACGACGGCCUUGGAGCCAGCAGACUGGAAAGCUAUGGGCGAGCCCACAGAAAUAGCGCUAAAGGUGUUUGCCAUGCGAUUUGGAAAGACGACUGGGAGCGAUCUCCUGACAGCUGAGCAUCCGUUCGACUCCUCGUGCAAACUCAUGAGUGUUGUUUACGGUAAUGGCUUGGAACGGCAACGCCACGUAUAUACCAAGGGCGCGUUCGAAGUUCUUCUUCCAAUUUUAGCCGAGGAUGAUGAAAUGAAAAAGGCCAUUCGUGCCAAGGCUGAAGAAUUUGCUGGAGAAGGUCUUCGAGUGCUGUGCAUCGCGGAUAAGCUCAUGGAAGGAGGGGCUGAGGAUUUCCAAGAUCGUGCCAAGGUCGAGUGCGAUCUACGUUUCCUCGGACUCGCUGGACUUUAUGAUCCGCCUAGGUCUGAAACCGCUGGAGCUGUCAAACAAUGUCGCGAAGCUGGAGUCACUGUUCACAUGGUCACGGGUGACCAUAUCAAGACCGCUACCACCAUCGCCUACGAAGUCGGCAUCCUGCCCAAAGACAUGCCACUGCGCCCAAACACAGUCAUGUCUGCUGCUGAACUUGGCAGCAUGACUGAUGAGCAAAUCGACGCACUCGACUCCCUUCCUCUGGUAAUUGCUAGGUGCAGUCCCUUGACCAAGGUCAGAGUGAUUCAGGCUCUUCAUCGUCGAAGGGCAUUCUGCAUCAUGACUGGGGAUGGUGUCAAUGAUUCGCCGGCUUUAAAGCAGGCAGACGUUGGCAUUGCUAUGGGUGAUCGUGGAAGUGACGUUGCCAAGGAGGCCUCUGAUAUGGUUCUCACGGACGAUAACUUUGCUUCUAUCGUUACUGGUAUCAAGGAAGGUCGAAGACUGUCUGAUAAUAUUCAAAAGUUCUUGCUGCAUCUGCUUACGUCCAAUCUGGCUCAAGUUAUUUUGCUUUUGAUAGGCUUGGCGUUUAAAGACAAUGAAGGAGUUUCCGUGUUCCCACUGUCUCCCCUAGAGAUUCUGUGGGCAAAUCUCGUCACAUCCUCUCCUUUAGCUCUUGGUCUUGGCCUGGAGGAAGCUCAGCCGGAUAUUUUGCAACGACCACCUCGAAGCCUCCACUCUGGAGUCUUUACGUUGGAUCUCGUGCGCGACCAGCUCAUGUACGGCACUUUCAUGGGUUCGUUAUGCCUAGCGGCAUUCAUGUUGGUAGCGUAUGCAGCAUCAGGAAAGGGUUUCCAUAACCUUACUCAUGGAUGCAAUGACGGUACGGGCGGAAUCUGCUCCGCAAUUUUCCGCGCCAGGGCCGCGACAUUCGCAACGUUGAGUUUCUUGCUUCUUGUUACCGCAUGGGAAGUGAAGCAUUUCCAUCGGAGUUUGUUCAAUAUGGACAAGCGAUGGUCUGGCCCAUUUUCGGUAUUCAAGACUGUGUAUCACAACACAUUCUUGUUUUGGUCGGUUGUGGCCGGUUUUCUGGCGACAUUCCCAGUUAUCUACAUUCCAUAUGUCAACACUACCGUGUUCAAGCACACUGGCCUUACGUGGGAGUGGGCUGUGGUAGCGGGAUGCGUUGUCACGUAUAUUGGGCUCGUGGAAUCGUGGAAGGCUGUCAAACGAAGAUUUGGGCUCGGGAUUACGAGGCAUCCAUCAAUUCCGGGACAAGUCUAA